AAGUGCAAAUACGUUUAUAGUGUUGGUGACCCAAGAUCUAAGCACCAUUUCUUUUCGCUCAGCGCCGACCAACAUGAACCAGCAGCUUCGCAGCUUGGGCCGUGCGCCUUGCAUCGGCUGCCAACGCCGUGCUCUGGUGGUUCGCAACGUUGCGGAGGCAGUCCGUCCAGUGGUGGCCUCGACCAAUGGCAAGGCGCGGGUUGGCGUCCCAGAGGGUACACCAAUUGUUACUCCACAGGACCUACCGUCGCGUCCUCGUCGCAACCGUCGGAGUGAGACGUUCCGCUCUGCAAUUCGCGAGAGCAUCGUAUCUCCUGCCAAUUUCAUCUUGCCAAUUUUUGUGCACGAGGAGGGCAGCAACAACAUCCCUAUUGCGUCCAUGCCGGGCAUCUACCGUCUUGCCUAUGGCAAGAACGUUAUUGACUAUGUUGCCGAGGCGCGCUCCUACGGCGUGAACCAGGUUGUGGUCUUCCCGAAGACUCCUGACCAUCUGAAGACACCAACCGCCGAGGAGGCCUUCAACCCCAACGGUCUGUCGCAACGCACUAUCCGCCUUCUGAAGGACACUUUCCCUGAUUUGGAGGUCUACACGGAUGUGGCCCUGGACCCGUACAACUCGGAUGGCCAUGAUGGCAUCGUGUCGGACGCCGGCGUGAUCUUGAACGAUGAGACCAUUGAGUACCUGUGCCGCCAGGCAGUCAGCCAGGCGGAGGCCGGUGCCGAUGUUGUUUCCCCCUCGGACAUGAUGGACGGCCGCGUGGGCGCUAUUCGCCGUGCGCUGGAUCGCGAGGGCUUCACUAACGUGUCCAUCAUGAGCUACACCGCCAAGUACGCGUCAGCUUACUACGGCCCCUUCCGUGAUGCCCUGGCGUCCGCACCGAAGCCAGGCCAGGCGCACAGGCGCAUCCCGCCUAACAAGAAGACGUACCAGAUGGACCCGGCGAACUAUCGGGAAGCUAUUCGGGAGGCCAAGGCCGAUGAGGCCGAGGGGGCGGACAUUAUGAUGGUGAAGCCCGGCAUGCCAUAUCUGGACGUUGUCCGGUUGCUCAGGGAGACGAGCCCGCUGCCGGUGGCCGUCUACCACGUAUCGGGAGAGUACGCCAUGCUCAAGGCUGCGGCGGAGCGAGGUUGGCUGAACGAGAAGGAUGCGGUGCUGGAGGCUAUGACGAGCUUCCGCCGCGCCGGCGCAGAUCUCAUCCUGACUUACUAUGGCAUCGAGGCGUCCAAGUGGCUUGCGGGGGAGAAGUAAACAUUGGCUGCUGCAUGCCUAGUGUUUGCGGCUGUAAGACGCGUGCCAAUGUGGGUAGUAGUGCGAGUGAGAGACGUCCAGCCCAGCGCGGUUAAGCAGUGCGGCGACAUUCAGGGCUGCACUGGGCUCCGCUCCUGUUUGGCUAUUUUUUAUCAACAAGAAGUUCAAGAGACAUUUUGGGGUUGUCUAACCCCGGGAUGCGGGAUUGAACGUGUACAGUUUUCUAUGACCGCAGGACUAUAUGUAUGGACGGAGGAUGCAGUGCGCUUUUUGACUCCGGCCUAGGUAUAGUCGGGCGGUUGGAGCUCCUGACUUGGACGUUUUGUCCAUAUACAAAUGACUGAGUGCAUGAUGGUAAUGACGUGGUAUCACCUAACCAGUACAUUUGUGAGCUGGCGACGACCGUGUCUAGGCAGAAACACGGCACAGGCUCUCUGGCAGUAGGGUGGGCUGCUGAAAUUGUUGUGUUAUGUUCUACUUGAAUA